AUGGAGAAAGAGAUUUACCGAGACUGCCGGAGAAACCGUGCAUGCUCACUCGGCGGCUACGCGAUCGACGGUUGCACCGAGUUCGUCCAAGGUAACAGCAUCAGCAGUACCCAUUGCGAAGCCUGCAGCUGCCAUGCACCUAAACUAACAUGGGAAAGUCGUCGUAUUAGACUUGGAACGAUCUCUGAUCGCAACCCCUUUAUGAGCCUGAGAGAGGUGAAGAGGAUGGCCAGGCAGCGCAGCGUUGUCGUCCCGCCAACUCCGUCUACUUCGGACGAAGUGAAGGUCAAGCAGAGGAAAUCGAAGUUCAGCGCGGGACAGAGAGAGGCGAUGAUAGAAUUCGCGGUGAGCCUCAGGUGGAGCAUGCGGAAAGGUAGACACGACGAGAUUAACAGGUUCUGCGAGCGGGUUGACGUCUGCAGGCUAACGUUCAAGACAUGGUUGAACAACAAGAAGAGUUACCUCAAAGGGACUGCAACUGCUGCAUGUGAAGUUGAGAAUUCUCCUCCCUGA